GUGACACUUAGGCUCACGAAAAAAAACCGCCCAAUAAUUUCACAAGUAACAAAUAAACCCGCCUCGUGUUGACGAAAUCACGUGAAUAACUUGUGAUCCAACCAGCCAGUUCUAUUUAUUCAACAGUCAAUUGGAUGAUGACGAUGAUUAUAGUGCCAAUGGGGUGGAUUGAACGGACUAGAUGUGUUAAUUGUGAACGUGGUUAGCGACCGGCGCGAAAAUGGCAAUCUCUAGUUGGAUGAUUUGGGGUAGAAACCUACGCACCAACAGAUCACAACGUCAUCGCCAGGACCACGAGAACAGUCACAUUCAGCUUGAUCUGUCAAAAGACCUGAAAGACAACAUCAAAGAAGUCCUGACGAACAUCUGCCUCCGCCACGGCGUGUCCAGCGUGAAGAAGCUAGGCUACCUAAACGCGAUAGUCCGCCUAGUAACGGAGAAUGACUCCUCAGACUACGGUCUCACCCCCGAAGAGUUAUUCUGCUGCCUGCGAGUGGGUCUCAUCCAGGAGGCGACGCAGGUGCGAGCAGCAGCCCUCCGCUCAAUCAGAUACCUCCUCAAGAAGCAGGAGGACGUGCUCACCCUCAACAAGCUCCAAUACCCCUACUUCAUCGCUCGCAGCAUGGACAUCAACCUGAGAAACGACAUGGAGCGAAUGCAAGCAUUGCGUUUAGUCCGUCGAAUCCUAGUCCUGGCCCCGAGGCACUUCAGCCCAGUUCUCGCGCGUUCCCUCAUCAGCCUGACGAACGGAGGAGUCGAGGAGAAGGACCGAACAUUCCGGGCGUUCCUGGCGACCCUCUGCGAGCUGGGAGUCCUGAAUUCAGCCCUUCUAAUCAGCUGUGGAGGUGUGGGGACCCUGGCGAGAUCAGCGACCACAGGGCUGUCUCCAGCGAUGGUGGAGUCGGUGAUAGGCGUCCUCCUGCGCCUCCUGGGUAGCCCUGAGACCAGGAGUAGCGUCUCCCUGCUCUGCCUGGCAGCCCCCUACUGCGAGCUCCACUCAUCCCUGAACGAGCGCUCGAGGGAGAGCAGAGAGAGCAGAUUCGCAGCCAGCAAACUGGCCCUGCUGAGCGUCCUCAGGUCGUACUCAGGUGUCCUGAACUUCUGCAAUCCCCAUGACAACUCAGGGCUCAAGGCAAUCGCCGACAUUCUCUACGUGGAGCAGCUGGAGGUUCGUGGCGCCGUCCUGGAGCUCCUCUACGAGCUCCUGGGACUGCCCCUCCCCAUCUGGACUGACGAGCCUGACGUCGCCCUGGCAGCGGUCGACCCCAGUCGCCCCAAGGACAACUGGAGGCUCUCCGAAGGCUUCGUCGCAGCAGAGGGACGCUCCAUCCUCCCUCCGCUGGCCUCACACUGUCCAAAUAUCACUGAACUUCAUCUAGCACUUUUGGUUUACGUUCUUCUUGAGUGCGGCCUGCACCGGGCACUCGCCGAGACAAUCGUCACGUCUGACACCUUCAUAUCUGUCAGAGCUGCUGUCCUCCUCGGGGCCCUCCUUCAUCUAGCUCAUUCACUGCUUCCACCAGACGUCUGUGAUCUCACUCCACCACUUCCUAAUUUAUUGGAGCACGCCAGUGUGGGGAGGCAUCAAGCACUAGCUGCUGUGGCCAUUCUGGGGAGAAUGCACUCGAUGAUGAGGAGGAGACCUGCACCCUCCAGCCUCUUUCUGGAUAGGAUUCUGCAGGCUGGCACUUGGAUGAGGCCGUCGGCCCCCAGACGACAGAGGACCUCCAGCAGAAAUUGGCUGAGGCGAGAGUCUCCAACGACUCCACUGCUGAAAGACGCUCAAGUGCUGAGCUCCAAGGACGCCCUCGCCUGGAACUGGCCGGUGAUAAGGUCAAUCCUGCGGUCGAGGGAGGACUCGCUGAGGAUCUUCCACGACUCUGACCACAGACUGUUCAUAAAACGACUCGUCAGGUACUUCAAGCCAUCCUCCAACAGGUACAGCAGGGUUGAGUUGGGAACCAGUGUGACUCUUGCCAGGGAGGCGACUCUGGCCGGCUGUGACCUGGUGAAUUGCCUCCUGGAGAUCCAGGAGCCCGAGGGGACGAGACUGCUGAACGAACUCAUCGGCGACAUUGCCGAACAGAUAUCGGAGAUUACGACUCAACCGUCUGCCCACGACUGUCUGUUUUCCCCCAGGCACAUGACCACCACCUGCUGUCAAAAGUACUUCCUCUUCCUGGGGCAGCUGAGCCAAUCCGCCAAGGGAACUGUCAUUCUCAAGGCCUUCAAUCUCCUCGAGAAGAUGGAGGAUCUUGCGAUUGCUACCAAUCACGACUGCUACGUGAAGCUGAUAAUAUCGAGUUUGGAUUACACUAGGGAGGGCCCCAACAGGAAGGUUUUGAGUAAAAUCAUAUCAUCGGGACUGGAGCAGACCCGCCUGUACGCCACGCAGUUCCUGAGGCUCAUCCUGCGAGCGAGGAUGAACGACGCCUCCCAGUGGGCACUGACGCUUUUAACUGGAAGACUCUCAGACGACAGUAGGACGGUGGCUCUGGCAGCUCUGGAGGCACUCCACGAGGCCAGUGAGGAGCCGGAGUACCUCGAGAUCUUUUUGAAUCAGGGGGGGCUCAACAGGGCCUGGGACAAGUGGCUCGAGCACCUUGGGGACCGUGGCUACCUCCUCAACAUCAGGUUGUACUCCCUUCGUGCUGGUUUUACGAGACUUCCAUCGCCCGUUGAGGAGCUCGAGAGGUGGGUGAAGCCUGGGGGUUUUGCCGAGAGGUACGUGGGCCUCAUCGAGGGGGAGAUCCACGACUCCUUCACCAGGAGGCAGCGAGGGGAGAACGGUAGCUACUUGAGGAGGCAGAGUAGCAUGCUGGUGCUGCCCAGGGACGUCUUCAUCCCCCCUCAUCUCCUGGGACAGCUGGUGCAGCACGAAUUGGGAAUGCAAUUGCUGACGAGAAGGAACGUCGUUCAGAGACUAGCGAGGACAGUCCAGAGGUUCAUCCUGGACUUGGCUGGGACCGACACCGAAUCAAAUUCAAAAGCCACGAAGAGCAGUAGAUCGGGGUUCGAGGAGACACACUUCAUGUCUGAGGAGUCUGGCCCUGAGGAGGCCCCAGAGCCCAGCAGAUUGGAGACGAUAAUCGACGCCGAGGUGAUGGAGACUGUCCCCAGAUCCCUCAGACAGGACUCCCUGGUCAACGACUCCCAGAGGACGACCCCAGAGAAAAUAGCUGACGAUCGGGACGCUGGGGGCCCUGACGAGAGGAUUCUCACGGUGAAGGCUGCCCUCUGGAGCUCCGGACACUACGGUACGUCACCAGCUGGCGUCGAGCAGCUCAAGCACCACAAACUCGUCGAGAUGAUGACCAACCUAGCCGAGAGCUGUCAGUACUACGCUGUCAGGGCCACUGCCAUGUACUCACUCAGCUUGAUCAGCACCACUAGAGCUGGGGCUGAUGUGCUCGCCCUCUACGACUGGCCCUGCGUCAGGUACAGGCGAGGCGACUACUGGCCCAUUGUCCAGCCGACCCAGCAGUACUCACUCCCCAGUCCUGUUCCCAUUCAGAAGCACCACAGAAGUCUCAGUGAUGGCAAGCCCGACCUGCCAGAUCCCAUCGUCAGGCGGACCAGAAACAGAUCGGAAAGUGCUGCCACUGACAUCGAAGCCAAGAGACUCGCAUUCCCCGAGAGGGGAGAGACACCCAGUCCUGUGUCGAGUGUUCAGAGGCUCAGCCAACAGGACGCCGAGGGAUAUGCCAAACUCAGAAAGUACCAGAUGCACAGGAGGCCCAGCUUCUCACACAGCAGCCUGGAAAUGUACAGCUCCGAUGGACGACUCUCACUUCAGAGUCUCUCGGAAUUCGAAUCGUCCAGGAGUUGGACUACUGAUAAUGCCAAUUCGUUAACACCACCUGCUGUUGCUACAAGGGAGGAGGAUCCUGGGGACACUUGUUACAUGGGAAUUUGUCUACCGAAAAAUUUGCAGAUGAUAUUUCCGGAGAAUGUUAACAGGGGCUCGACUGUCUCUGAGACAUUCAGCAGGUGUGAGGGGGAUAAUAGUCAGGGGGAUGAGGAGGAGAGCUCAGAGGGUGAGAAUGCAGAUCAUGGGAGAAUUUGUCUGGUGUGUUAUAAGGGGAGAAACAGGUGGGAUGACGAGGUCAGCGAGGCUGAUGCCAAAAUUCGAAAAGAGACUUUGAGACAUGCUCAGAGACUAUCCAACCCUGUUUGGUACCGCCACAGUCGACAGGCGUUAUUGAGACUCAGGCAGAGAUAUCCUGAGAAAUUUCAAGACACUUGUCUAUUCUCCGAAGUAGCUUCCCGCCUAGGGAGUGGAACGUACAGACUCCAAGCCCGUCGUUUCCUCCAGGAGCUGUUCCUGGACGCACCCUUCGACGUUCUUUACCUAGAGCCAAUGAAGAUCCUUCACAUGCCCAUCGGCACCGAGGAGAACCUAGCCCAGCCGACCCCCGCAGUCCUCCCCAGCAGCGAUCUGAGCAUAAGCCCCUCGAAGAGACGAGUCAAUGGCAGACUGACGAUACCCGAGGUCGAGUCACCCUCGUCAACGACCUCCGAGCUUGCUAGUGAGACGAGGGACAAUGGUGGACGUUUAAAGUCCCCAGAGGCUCCCGAUAAAACUGAAAAACUCAGCGACGAGAAGAUAAUAGCAGAAAUACUGAAGCCUGCUGAGAGACUUAGGAUAUCAAAGAGUUCCGAUAAUAAAUUAUUAAAAGUUACUGGUACAAACACUGCCAUCAGCCUUGAUUAGUACUCCAAUUUAUGAAUUGAUAAUGUGUAAAUAUUUUAUAUUAAUGAGAGAUGAAGAUAAUUAUUGAAUUAUAUUAAAUAAAGGAAAGAAUUCAGACACUGCCAGCAA